UAGAGAAAAUUCAGUAUCGAUUUUGUCGUAACGUUAGAAUUUUAACCCAACAUUAAGAGUAAGCUUGCAAAGCUUCCAUGGACUCCAUCUUUUUCAUGAUUCUCCUGUUCUCACUCCUCAUUCCCGCUACUGCAAAGCCUGAAACCUUCUCUACUCGCUUAUCACCAUCGGAGCUCGGCUUUAAGAAAGAGAAGUUAACCCACUUUCACUUCUACUUUCACGACAUAGCCACCGGUCCAAACGCCACCGCCGUCAGAGUUGCAGAAGCCGCAAUGACCAACAAAUCCUCAACAUUUUUCGGUGCAGUUGUGGUGAUCGAUAACCCUUUGACCAUCUCGCCGGAAAUCAACUCCACCGUCGUCGGAAGAGCAGAGGGGUUCUUUGCCGCCGCGUCGCAGAGCGAGAUCGCUUUUGCGAUGGUAGUAAACUUUGCGUUCACGAAAGGGAAGUACAAGGGCAGCAAUCUGAGUCUUUUGGGUCGGAAUGUGAUCCAUCCCGGCGUGAGAGAGAUGCCGAUCGUCGGAGGAAGUGGGAUUUUUCGAUAUUCCAGAGGUUAUGCUCUGGCUAAGACUUAUACUUCCGGUUCGAAUACAGGGCACGCCAUUAUUGAGUACAAUGUUUAUGUUUUUCAUUACUGAUCUUGAUAAUGAGUUUUUCCAUUAUGGCAUGUUUGGUUUCCGAUCAUAAUCCUUGUCGUGAUGUAUCCUGCGCUUACACUUUCUAUAUCAGAAAUAAUAUAGAUAAUCGCAUCUUGUUCUCCCA